AUGUCAGAAUUCCAGAAGGAUUUAUUCUUAAGGCAAAUUAGACAAGAGGAAGAGAAGCUGGGAAUAUCGAUUUCCGGAUCGGGGGAGGAAGAGGAAGGAGUAGAAGACUUUGUUGCUCCUUUGCCAUCAGCUUCGAGGCCUGAGACCAGAAGUUCAAAGUAUGUUUCAGACAUUGCUGUAGCUCAUUGGAGCCAAUAUUUCACACGAGAUGAUACCUUUGAGCUUUCAAAGACCAAAUACACGCUUCAAAGUUACUAUCGGGAGCCUUCUGGGCCUUCUAAGAAUCCGGUCAUAUUCGUGGCCCAUCACGGUGCCGGGUCAUCCGCCUUUACAUACGGCCCUCUGGCCGAGCGUCUGGUUGAGAAAUUUAGCGAGCAACAGCAGAACGAUGGAGUUGAUGAUUCUGAGAUUGAUACUCCUGGUUUUUUUGCCUUUGAUUCGAGGGGUCAUGGAAAUAGCGUGCUGCUAAACAGAGCUGGUGAUGCGACAAAAGAUGACUACUCUGUGGAGUCCUUAUCAGCAGAUUUUGCAGCUUUGAUAGCUCAAUUCUUUGAGGCUGAAGACUUUCAGCGGAAAGGUAUACGUCCAAGUAUUUUUCUUGUUGGUCAUUCGUUGGGUGGCUCGGUUUUGACCAAGGUGGUGAAGGAAGAGCUAAUAAAAGACCAGUUCGUGCGCAGGUGUGUCAAAGGGUUGAUCAUGCUCGAUAUAGUGGAAGAGAUUGCCAUAAAAGCUUUGGGAUCGAUGCAAUCAUAUCUAGACAACCGUCCCAAUUCUUUUGGUUCUUUGAAAGAAGCAGUUGCAUGGCACAUCAAGUCUGGCCUCAUACACAACGAGAUUUCAGCCAAAGUCUCUGUUCCCUAUCUGUUUGAGCAGUCUUCUGGAAGGUACUCUUGGCUAGCUGAUUUACAGGCCACAAAGCCAUUUUGGGACGGAUGGUUCAGACAAUUAUCGUCUAACUUUAUUUCAAUUCCCAACAGUGUGGCCAAGAUGUUGAUGCUUGCUAACCACGAUAAUCUCGAUAAGUAUCUGAUGAUAGGCCAGAUGCAAGGAAAGUACCAGUUGGUGGUGUUUCAUAACGAUGAACUACCUCUUUCUUCUACGUUGACCACGGCAACAACAACUAUUAACGAGUCUCGCCAGAUUGGUCAUUUCAUACAUGAGGACAUACCUACAAAAGUCGCACUCACCCUGAUGGAGUUUGUGGAAAGAAACGAUAUCUCAAGCGAUAGGUCAAAUGGGAACUCGAAUCCACAAAUUGACUUUCUGAAGAAGAUUAACGCGAAAUGGGGAGUCAAAAACUAA